AUGAAGAGGACAAAGGAAUAUGAUGUCUUGAGGGAAAGUUCAUUCAAUGGAUAUGGUAAGAAGAAGCAUAGAACUUCCCUGUUUCCUAAUUCUGAAGAAUCUGACCUCAUGAACCAAAGUGGUCAUCAGAUGAGCAAACAUGCCCUAUAUUAUGUUGAAGGGGAUAACUAUUAUGGAGCUAAAGCAACUAUAAAUAUGUUGGAGCCAAAGAUACAGCAGCAACACAAGUUUACCUUCUCGCAGCUAUGGCUUCUCAGAGACUUAUUCAGACCUUAA